CUUUCUAAAACCUGACAUACUGACUGGACGUGGCAAAACAAGUCAGAACAUAGGAAUGACCCUCCCAGCACAGAAGUGUGUACUGGAUGCAUUCCGAGCCAGUGGCGAUAAGAAGAUUCUGAUCGCCACCUCAGUUGCUGAUGAAGGCAUCGACAUUGCACAGUGCAAUCUGGUCAUCCUAUACGAGUACGUGGGCAAUGUCAUCAAAAUGAUCCAAACCAGAGGCAGAGGAAGAGCAAGAGGUAGCAAAUGCUUCCUUCUGACUAGUAAUGAUGAUGUAAUUGAAAAAGAAAAAAUAAACAUAUACAAAGAAAAAAUGAUGAAUGACUCCAUUCUGAGCCUCCAGGCAUGGGAUGAAACAGUAUUUAAAAAAAAGAUUCACCAGAUCCAGAUUCAUGAAAAAUUCAUCAGGGAUAGUCAAGGAAAAGCAGAACCUGCACUUGAUAAGAAAAAUAAAAAACUGCUCUGCAGAAAGUGCAAAGCCUUUGCUUGUCAUACAGCAGAUAUAAGAGUGAUAGAGGUGAGCAGCCUUUUCCAAAGAAUACUGGGUCAUUUUUUAGCACUAAUUAAAGCUUACUCACUACUGGUGAGAUAUUUAUAAGAAUGCCAUA